AUGAGUGAAUGGUAUCCACCAGGCCACGGUGAUUUCUAUCGCAGAUUUGUUGAAAGUGGUCUGGCGGAGAAAUACCUCGCGGCCGGUAAAGAGUGGAUCUUCCUUGCGAAUAUUGACAAUCUGGGAGCCACUGUCGAUCUGAGUAUCCUUUUAUUCAUCGCUAUUACCAGUGUAUUGGUUGUCUACACGUUGAUUUGGUCUCUAUUUAUCCUGAUCCGUUCGAAUAACAUGCUGAAAGAGAUGCAUAGCAUUGCUCGGCAGAACGACUUAUUGUUGUGCGGAAUCAGUUAUGGUUACAUACUGAACUUUUUGAGCACAAGCAGUCCCAGACCCGAGUUCGUCAUGGAAGUCACUGACAAGACACGAGCUGAUGUCAAAGGUGGUACGCUGACCAAAUACCUUGGCCACCUGCGAUUGCUCGAGUUGGCACAGGUUCCCAAAGAUCAUGUGGACGAGUUUGCCAGCGUCAGAACGUUCCGUAUUUUCAAUACGAACAAUCUGUGGAUAAACUUGCCUGCCAUGUACGAGGCAGUUAAAGCAAACACGUUGCAAAUGGAAGUCAUUGUGAACCCCAAAACGUUAGAUUCCGGAUUGAAUAUUCUACAACUGGAACAGGCUGCCGGUGCUGCUAUCAAGACUUUCAAUGUGGCUUAUGGUAGGUUCCGAUCAAAUUAUAAAAAAUCGAUAUGCCAAAAUACUAAUCUUUUAACCCCCAUUGGUGUGUUAGCUGGUAUCUUUCAUCGACCAUUAAUCGGCUGUCGUGCAGAUUGA